CCACCUCCUUUGUCUGUGCCCCAGGUUUCGUACGCAAGGCUGGUUAUUUAUUUAUUUCCUUUUUAUUUGGAGGAUAUAUUUUCAUAUAUCCAUUACUUUUUCAUUUAUUGAAUGACAGUCGACUCUGAAAUAUUUAUGCCUAAAAGCAAAGCGCCAAAAAUGGAUGACCUGGACUACAGCUGUAAGGUUGAGUGCUCCAGUAUAUCAAGGCUGCAAUGAGACGCCCGUCAUCAACCGCCUGAUUUUCCACACAUUUCCAUUUGACUAGACAACCAAAAUGGAGGAAUUAGGUACAGUCCCGGUAGACCUGAGUCCAGAGGAGCGCUCUGAGCUGGAGGACAUCCGUCGGAGGAAGGGAGCUCUGCUGCAGGAGAUCCAGAGGCUCAGAGACGAGCUCAGAGAGGCCAUCAUAGAGGUGGAGGGACUGGAGACCAGCACAGAGGGCAGUAAAACUUUACAGAAGAACAGGCAUGUGGCCAUGGGAAGGAAGAAGUUUAACAUGGACCCCAAAAAGGGUAUUGUGUUCCUGGUGGAGAAUGAGUUGCUCAGACACACUCAAGAGGAUGUUGCCCAGUUCCUGUACAAAGGAGAGGGACUCAACAAGACUGCUAUAGGAGACUACCUGGGAGAGAGGGAGGACUUUAAUCUCAAGGUUCUGCAGGCGUUUGUUGACCUUCAUGAGUUCACUGAUCUCAACCUGGUCCAGGCUCUCAGGCAGUUCCUGUGGAGUUUCCGUCUGCCUGGCGAGGCUCAGAAGAUUGACAGGAUGAUGGAGGCCUUUGCCCAGAGAUACUGUCACUGCAACCCUGGGGUCUUCCAGAGCACUGAUACGUGCUAUGUGCUGUCGUUUGCUAUCAUCAUGCUGAACACCAGCCUCCACAACCCCAACGUGAGAGACAAGCCUGGAUUGGACCGCUUCAUCUCCAUGAACAGAGGCAUCAACGAGGGUGGAGACCUGCCAGAGGACCUGCUCCGAAAUCUUUAUGACAGCAUCAAGAACGAGCCCUUCAAGAUCCCUGAGGAUGAUGGGAACGACCUGACACACACCUUCUUCAACCCCGACAGAGAGGGCUGGCUCCUCAAACUAGGAGGAGGACGGGUGAAGACCUGGAAAAGAAGAUGGUUCAUUCUCACAGACAACUGCCUUUACUACUUUGAGUAUACUACAGAUAAGGAGCCCAGAGGUAUCAUUCCCCUAGAGAACCUGAGUAUCCGGGAGGUUGAAGACCCCAGGAAACCUAACUGCUUUGAGCUGUACAUCCCCAACAACCGUGGUCAGCUGAUCAAGGCCUGUAAGACGGAGGCAGACGGCAGAGUGGUGGAGGGGAACCACAACGUGUACCGCAUCUCUGCCCCCACACCUGAGGAGAAAGACGAAUGGAUCCACCACAUCAACUCUGCGGUCAGCGUAGACCCCUUCUAUGAGAUGCUGGCUGCCAGGAAGAAACGCAUAUCGUUAAAGAAGAAUGAGGAACAGCCGUAGAACAUUCCUUCUACAUCUCUCAUUCCAACAUGGGACACAAGCCUUUCUCUCCUCCCUAGAUUAAUUUCAUUCCUCACUUUUUUCCCAUCUUUCUUUCUUUCUUUCUUUGUGAGGAGGACUUGUUGCUAUCCUGUUUAAGAGACUGGCCAGCACAAACCGGCAGUUCAGGAGUUCACCACUCAUUCACUACUGUCUGCUGCUGCUAGAGGCUGCUCUGUACGCUACCACACUACAAAGUGUCCACUACUACCCUAUAUACUACAGUUAGUUCACUCACUCAAAGCCUCCUUCUUGUCACUACACCUCUCCUUCCUUCUUUUCCGUGAAGUUGAAGUGAACUGUGAAAUAAAUGUGUUUUAUUCAGGGUAGCAAGCAGGGCCGCUGAACCUUCCAUCACAAACAGGCUGCAACUCAUCAGUCUGAAGUGACUUCCUCUCCAUCUGUAACUGAUCUAACAUUGGGGCAACGGACCAGUUCUAACCGGUCACUGUGUGAAGGACAGAAUGCCCGGCGGCUGAGGAAGCCACUUUAACCUGUUAAGAUGCAGCCCUAGUUGUCUGCUGUGCUUUAUUCUAACAUCUUGGCUCCAGGUUAGCAUGUCUAUAUCAGCAUUAUCAAAGUCCCACUUUAAUACUUUAGCCUCUAUGAAUGAGAUGACGCUGGUCCUUACGGCUUAGCCUUAGACCAUAAAAAUGUCAUUCUCAUGUUAAAUUUGUUAUGAUCAACCAUCCAUUGGAAAUGUUCCUAGAAAAACUGACCAAUAAGGCAACAAUUGAGCAGUGAACACUAAAAGACGACGACUCUUGUCAAUGACCACUGGCGUUUCCUUCACAAGACUGUUAAUAAACUCCCUCAUACAGACACGUAAACUGUUAAACCCAACUCUAUAAUACGCUACAGUGGGUUUUAAGAAGUUACAACGGCAGCUUAUUACAAUGUAUACUUCAUUUUUUUGUAAAUACUUGUUAGAAUAUUGUUUACAACACAUAGAUUUAAUUUAUUGUUUAUUUUGUUUGUUACAUCUUUUGUUUUGUAAGAGCUACUGUAGAACUGCAUGUGGAGAUGAGGGUUAAUCCUCCAUACACACAGAUGGACCAGACUCGUGUUAGUGUUGGGUACAUUUGAGAAAGAUUGUUAUUGUUCCCUGUUGACACAAUAGAAUCAACCUCCAAUUGGAACAUUUAGAUUAUUCAAGACAGGAGAGUGAUGACAUCACAAAACAUUUAGGAUAGAAAUGUCUAAUAUAGAACAGGCAUGGUUCUAUGCGGUAUGGAACAGGGAAUCCUGUCAUUUCUAUACCUUCUAUUUCUAUCUGUACUGUUGAUAAUGUUGCACCAUCCUGAAGGAACCUCUUACCCUCUAAGAGCCUGAAUGAAUGAGGCUCACUGAAGCACAAACGUGUCCCAGAUGCCUGUAAUGGCUUUCUUUCCACCAUAACCAUCAUGGAUAUAUGAAAGGGCUGGAUAGGUGUCCUUCAUAAUACUGAUGCCCAUCCAAUCCUGUCAGAUCUGUGACCUAAAAGGAAAGCAAGCUAUGGGGGGUUAUUGGGACAUCACCCUAUGAUAAGUCUGAAAUGACCUGUCUAUUAUGAGAACUGAAAGGAUGGUUCUGAGGUUGAAUCAUCAGUCAAGCCAGGAAAAGGCAUCAGAUUCCUCUUCAUGUGAUUGAAUUGAAAAGGACAACAAACAUGGAGCACUAAUAUAUCUUUCAAUAUUAUGUAAUUGCUGAAAUAUUCAAAUGUAUUAAAUGAAUAACAAUGUUAAGGAUACAUGUCUAAUGAUACAUUAUGCCCGAAUUGACUCGUAGAUAUUUGCAUUAGUUGUUUUUCAUUGGAUUAACAUUUCAUUAGAAUGAAUAUGGAAAAUCCAGAAUUAGGAUUGUCCUGCAUCAUCCUCACGGGUUGUGAUGAAGGCUUUACAAAUCCAUAUUUUGAUCACUUCCAGCUCUGAUAACUAAACUACAGAAGUUUUACUCUAAAUGUUGUUCACAUAGGAAAGUCUAUGUACAAAAAAAAAAUAUCUCUUAGUCUUCUCUAGUUAUUCUCUGAGUGUUUGGUGUGACAGACACACAGCAGCGAGCCAACCUACAGGCAGGGCUGCUGUACACUACACGACACUGAAACACAGUAGACCUGUCUGGGUAUUCUUGAAGUGCAAAGUUGCCAAAAUGGAGUUGGGACGUCACACUGUUCCAACUCAACAAAGAGACAGACUUUUGUGAGAAAGGACACUAAUGAAUACUUCUGUCCCCCAGACCCCAACACCACUACUUCUGUCCCCCAGACCCCAACACCACUACUUCUGUCCCCCAGACCCCAACACCACUACCUGGGAUAGUGUUUGAUUUAGUAUUUAUUUAUUUUUGUUUUACAGCAAUGUAAAGAUGGAUAGGUCAUCUGUGCUAUAUGUAGCUUAAACAAAACCACGGUACACGGGUGCCACUCAACUGUUGUGAAACAAUAAAACGUGAACUGAGACAAUA